AUGGGAGAAACAAAGGGUCGUCCCAUUCCUCCCCUGUGCCGCACACAACAUUUUGACUGGUCUGGUAGCAGUGACUUUGCUGAAACGAAGAACCGCAGCACAAACGGGCACACUCUGGUUAGCCCAAGGUCCGAGAGCACCCCGGACGAGGAAACAGCAGCCCUGUCAAAGCCACCAGCGGACAGCUCUUGUUGCUCUCCUGUUUCAGUGGAACUAAAGCCCAUGGUGAAUAAUAGAUCAGGCCUACCAGGCGGCAACACAAAAGAGUUCUCAGAGCACAGAGACAGUGGCGAACCGAGCUCCUGCUCCUCCCUCUCGCUUUCCAGCACCCAUGCUCCCCCUCACUUUAAACACUACCCCUACCACACCAAGACUAGCAUGCAGGGUGAUGUCUACAAUUUCCUAGAGAGACCUGCAGGCGUGAAGUGCUUCCUCUACCACUUCCUGGUGUUCCUAAUGGUCCUUAUAUGUCUCAUCUUCAGUGUGCUUUCCACAAUUGAGCAUUAUGCCGACUUUGCCACUGGAACACUUUUCUGGAUGGAGAUUGUGCUGGUGGUGUUUUUUGGCUCGGAAUAUGUAGUGCGUCUGUGGUCAGCAGGCUGCAGGAGCAAAUAUGCUGGCAUCAAAGGAAGACUACGCUUUAUCAGAAAACCAAUCUCUAUCAUAGAUUUGAUAGUCGUGGUUGCAUCAGUUAUAGUACUGAGUGUGGGAUCAAAUGGGCAGGUCUUCGCCACCUCUGCAAUAAGGGGAAUCCGCUUCCUGCAGAUUUUGCGCAUGCUCCAUGUGGAUCGACAAGGAGGCACAUGGAGACUUCUGGGAUCUGUAGUCUUUAUUCAUCGACAGGAGCUGAUAACAACACUCUAUAUUGGGUUUCUGGGUCUGAUCUUCUCCUCAUAUUUUGUGUAUCUGGUGGAAAAAGAUGCUGUGGAUGAGGAGGGAAAGACAGGCUUCUCCAGCUAUGCUGAUGCCCUGUGGUGGGGUGUUGUCACUGUGACUACAAUAGGUUAUGGAGAUAAAAUUCCUCAGACGUGGAUAGGGAAAACCAUCGCCUCCUGUUUUAGUGUGUUUGCUAUCUCCUUUUUUGCCCUGCCAGCGGGCAUUCUUGGUUCAGGCUUUGCUCUAAAGGUGCAGCAGAAACAGAGACAGAAACACUUCAAUCGCCAAAUCCCAGCUGCUGCCUCACUAAUACAGACGUUGUGGCGAUGUUAUGCAUGUGAGAAACCUGACGGCUGUCCGGCUACCUGGAAGAUGUACGUGCUGACGGACGACUACAUUCCCAUUAUAAACUCUGAAGACUCCAGUCCUGGAAACUUCAGAAAACUCAGCAAGCGCUACAGACGGAGACUGAAGUCAACACGUGAUAACGGUUCUCUGGGAAACGCAGGAGAAAAAGCUCUGUCCAUUCCUCAGAUAACUUAUGAUCAUAUCGAUGAAAAGGAGGACAAGCGAGAAGUGCCUUUCUUUCUAGAAGAACCCACAGGCAUCACCAAGGUGUACAAACAGACAGUCCGCCAGCACUCAUGGUCUUCUUUCACUCUUAGCUGCCCUGCUUCUCCAGUUAAGAAAAAGCCAGACGGACCUGCUGACAUCUCGCGCACUAGCAGCCUGGUGGAUGACAUGGACUUUUCCACUGAAUAUCUCUCCCUCCCUGUGGUGACAGAUACUUCACAUUUGUACACCCGCGUUUUCAUUGCAAAACAAAAGCAUUCUGUAAGCACUCAACAAAGAUACAACUCCAGGCUUACUCAUGCACACAGAUCGGCAGUCAAGGUCCUACGAAGGAUGCAGUAUUUUGUAGCCAGACGGAAAUUUCAGCAAGCAAGGAAACCCUACGAUGUGCGAGACGUGAUUGAGCAGUAUUCCCAGGGCCACCUGAACAUGAUGGUUCGCAUUAAAGAGCUCCAGAGACGGUUGGAUCACGUAUUGGGAAAGCCAGGAAUGUUUCUACCAGAAAAGGGUGUGGAUAAGGAGUACCAUACAGUUGGAGCCAGGCUGAUCAGACUGGAGGAUAAGGUUCUUCAGAUGGACAAGAAACUGGAGAGCAUCCUAAAUAUCCUGGUGGAGCAGUACCAACCCAAACCAGAGCUACUUCAGAAACCACGUCACUGA